UACAGGAGAGAGCUGCAUGAAGAAGUUCUUCUCUGGUAUCCUGGGUUAGAGGCUGUCGUCACACAGCUGCACGGCGCACUGCUGACAUUUUCCAGCUCAGUGUCAGAAAUCGAAAAGUGUUUUUUUUCUUUAAAGUGGGUCAACGCACCACGAACAGGAAGACCUCAUCACUUCUGUCUUUCACUGUUUGACCGUCACCAAAACCGAUGCCUGUUUUCUGUUCUUCACAUUCUGCACGGAUCCGUGUGAAGAAGGAGUCCCCAGACCACCUGGACCUGACCCGGACCCGGGCCUGGGUCCGGCUGUGUGUCAUUCAGGACUGACCUGAAGAUGGAUCUUCAACCGUUUUUUGUCAGGAAACGUUUCCAUCCUUGUUUUCCUUUCUCAUUGCCUUCACUGAUCAGCCAGAGACUGAGCUGCAGUGAACCAGUUCCUGCCCCAGACCCGAGUCCUCAGCAUGAACUCGACCGUUCCCCUGAUCUGGACUCUUCACCAACGUCUCUACAGGAACCCAAAGCAGGACCGGAACCCAGAAGUGGUUCUGAAUCUGGAAACCAGCAUAAAGCUGAACCUGUUGUGGAAGAACCCGGUCCGUCUGCAGAACAGAAAGCUGAUGGUACGACGGAUCGGGCCGAUCGACAGCUGUCCCGCAAACCUUCACAGAGGACGGAGACGGACGGCGCCCUGAAGCUCUGGCUGCUGGACAGCCUGCAGGAUCUGGGGGCGGAGCAGCUGAAGCACUUCCAGUGGCUCCUCCAGAACGCAGACGAGGCGGAGGACGGGUUCAGAGCCAUCCGGAAGUGUCACCUGGAGACGGCAGACCGCCUGGACACGGUGGACUUGAUGGUGGAGAUGUACAACACCGACGUCCGAGAGGUGACGGAGAAGGUCCUGAAGAAGAUGAGCCGGAGUGAAGGAAAAUGUUUGGCUCAUGUUCCACAUCCAGAAGAAGUGCGUUGGUCUGCAGGAGUCUUCACAUGUCGCCACAAGUUAAAGUCCAUCCUGAAGCAGAGGUUCCAGAGCGUGUUUGAGGGGAUCGCGAAAGCCGGAAAGUCGACCCCCCUGAACCAGAUCUACACGGAGCUCCACAUCACGGAGGGCGGGGCCGCGGAGGUCAACGAGCAACACGAGGUCAGGCAGAUUGAAACGGCGUCCAGGAGGACGGACGGAGCGGAAACCAGCAUCAGAGCAGAAGACAUCUUUAAAUCCUCGCCGGGAAGAUCUCAACCAAUCAGGACGGUGCUGACGAAGGGCGUGGCCGGCAUCGGGAAAACAGUCCUGACUCAGAAGUUCACUCUGGACUGGGCUGAAGACGAAGCCAACCAGGACGUCCACUUCACCUUUCCGUUCACCUUCAGAGAGCUGAACCUGGUGGGGAAGCAGUUGAGCCUGGUGGGACUGGUUCACCACUUUUUCACUGAAACCAAAGAAGCAGGACUCUGCAGCUUCCAAGACUUCCAGGUGGUCUUCAUCUUGGACGGUCUGGACGAGUGUCGCCUCCCUCUGGACUUCCACCGCGCCGAGCUGCUGACCGACGUGACAGAGUCCAGCUCAGUGGACGUUCUGCUGAUAAACCUCAUCAGGGGGAAACUGCUUCCCUCCGCUCGCCUCUGGAUCACCACACGGCCUGCAGCAGCCAAUCAGAUCCCUGCCGACUGUGUGGACAGGGUGACGGAGGUCCGGGGGUUCACCGACCCCCAGAAGGAGGAGUACUUCAGGAGGAGGUUCAGAGAGGAGGAGCAGGCCAGCAGGAUCAUCUCCCACAUCAAGACCUCCCGAAGCCUCCACAUCAUGUGCCACAUCCCGGUCUUCUGCUGGAUCAGUGCUACAGUUCUGGAGAAGGUGCUGAAGAGCAGAGAGGGAGGAGAGCUGCCCAAGACCCUGACCCAGAUGUACAUCCACCACCUGGUGGUCCAGGCCAAAGUCAAGAACGUCAAGUUUGAUGGAGGAGCUGCCACAGACGACCACUGGAGUCCAGAGAGCAGGGAGAUGAUCUGGUCUCUGGGGAAACUGGCUUUUGAGCAGCUCCAGAAGGGGAACCUGAUCUUCUUUGAAUCGGACCUGACAGGGUCUGGCAUCGACCUCAGAGCAGCCUCAAUGUACUCAGGAGUGUUCACGCAGGUCUUCAGAGAGGAGAGCGGCCUGUACCAGGACAAGGUCUUCUGCUUCGUCCAUCUGAGCCUCCAGGAGUUUCUGGCUGCUCUUCACGUCCAUCAGACCUUCGUCAGCUCUGGAGUCAACCUGCUGGAAAACAACCUGAAGGAGUCUGAAGAGUUGAGAAUCGACUCAUCGUGGUUCUACCAGGGAGCAGUGGACGAGGCCUUGAAGAGUCCAAACGGACACCUGGACUUGUUCCUUCGAUUCCUCCUGGGUCUCUCACUGCCGGCCAAUCAGAAGCUCUUACGAGGUCUGCUGGCAGAGAUAGGAGGAAGUGCACCAGCCAGUCAGGAGGUGCUAUACAUAUACCUGCUGCAUAACGUUGCCGUUGUUAACAACAACUCACGGAGGAUGUUGGCAGUAGAGGGACACAUCAGACGGAGGCUUGAUGAGAAUCUGUCUGCAGAUAAAAUCGUCAACCUGUUCCACUGUCUGAACGAACUGAAUGACCAUUCUCUGGUGGAGGAGAUCCAGCAGUCCCUGAGGUUAGGACGGCUCUCCAGAGAGGUCCUGUCUCCCGCUCAGUGGUCAGCGCUGGUCUUCAUCCUACUGUCAUCAGAUCAAGAUCUGAAGGAGUUUAACCUGAAGAAGUACUCUGCUUCAGAGGAGGCUCUUCUGAAGCUGCUGCCGGUGGUCAAAGCCUCCAGCAAAGCUCUGUUGAGGAACUGCGACCUGUCCCGGAGAAGCUGUGGAGCUCUGUCCUCGGUCCUCAGCUCUCAGUCCUCCAGUCUGACACAGCUGGACCUGAGUAACAACAACCUGCAGGACUCGGGAGUGGAGCUGCUGUGUGACGGACUGAGAAGCCCUCUCUGCAAACUGGAAGCUCUCCGACUCAGCAACUGCAGCCUGUCCGAGAGAAGCUGUGGCGCUCUGUCCUCAGUCCUCAGCUCUCAGUCCUCCAGUCUGACACAUCUGGAUCUGAGUGACAACGACCUGCGGGAUUCGGGGGUGGAGCUGCUGUCCAGGGUGCUGAAGAGUCCCGGCUGCAAACUGGAAGCUCUCAGCCUGGCAGGGUGUCUGGUCUCAGAGGGAGGCUGCUCUCCUCUGGUCUCAGCCGUGAGGUCCAAGUCCUCCCGUCUGAGAGAGCUGGACCUGAGCUACAACCAUCCCGGGGACGCGGCGGUGGAUCUGCUGUCCGCUGCCGUGGAGGAUCCGGACUGCGGUCUGGACGCCGUCAGGGUGGAGCCUGCCGGAGUCCGCUGGCUGAAACCCGGAGUGAGGAAGUACUCCUGCCCGCUCUCCAUCGACACGAACACGGUGAGCGCCAGACUCGGAGUGUCCGACGGCGGCAGGACGGUGACGCACGUGGGGAAGCGCCAGUCCUACCCGGAGCACCCGGACCGGUUCGAGCGCUGCCCUCAGCUGCUGUGCGAGACGGCGCUGACGAGACGCCACUACUGGGAGGUGGAGCAGAGCGGAGACGUCCUGCUGGCGCUGGCCUACAGGGGGGUCGGGAGGAGGGGGGCCGGCAUGGGCUGCCGGUUCGGGGAGAACGACCGGUCCUGGUGUCUGUAUGGAUACGACCACAGAUUCUCUGCCUGGCACGACAACAGGCAGACCCUGGUCCCUUCCUCCCCCUGCUCCUGCUCCUCCUCCUCCUCUCACAGACUGGGGGUGUAUGUGGACUGUCCCGCUGGGACUCUGUCCUUCUACAUCGUCUGCUCUGACUCUCUGCUCCACCUCUACACCUUCAACACCUCCUUCUCAGAGCCCCUGUACGCUGGAUUUGGCUGUGGGAGCCGCUCCUCCCUGUCCCUGUGUGAGCUGUGAAGGAGGAGGAGGAGCACGGAGGCGUAUUUACCGUCACACACACGCCUGUAUAAAUGUGAAUGUAUAAAUGUAAGAUGUAAGACGCUGAAUUUUGUAGCUCAUAAUAAAGAUCGCAA